AUGCGUCUCAGGGACCUGAACAGCAGCUCCCCGCUGAAGUUCGUCCACUCCUCCUUCCACGGCGUCGGCCACGCCUUCGUGCAGCAGGCCUUCCGGGUGUUCGGCUUCCCUCCACCGAUCGCCGUCCCGGAGCAGAAAGACCCCGACCCCAACUUCUCCUCGGUGCGCUGCCCCAACCCCGAGGAGGGAGAGUCCGUGCUGGAACUUUCUCUCCUUCUGGCAGAGCGGGAAAACGCCCGCGUCGUCCUGGCGACGGAUCCUGAUGCUGACCGGCUGGCUGUAGCAGAGAAGUCUGACGGGUGUGGCUGGAAGGUGUUUACAGGUAACGAGCUGGCGGCCCUGCUGGGCUGGUGGAUGUUCUUCACGUGGAAGGAGAACCACUCUGAACCGGCAGACGCUCGGAGCAUUUGCAUGUUGGCGACCACGGUGUCCUCGAAGAUCCUGCAGGCCUUCGCUCGCGUCGAGGGGUUCCACUUUGAGGAAACUCUGCCGGGCUUCAAAUGGGUCGGGAACAGAAUCCACGAGCUGUCCCAAACAGGAAGCAGAGUCAUCUUCUCCUUCGAGGAGUCCAUCGGGUUCCUCUGUGGGGACGCAGUCCUGGAUAAGGACGGCGUGAGCUCGGCGGCGGUCGUGGCUGAAAUGGCUGCUUACCUUCACAACAAGCACCUAAGUCUGAGCCAACAGCUGCACAACAUCUACCAGACCGAGGUGUCCACCCUGGAGGAGGAGCUCAGGAAGGUCACCGCUGCCCUGGUGGAUGAGUUCCUGGAGCCCGAGAAGAACAACCUGAUUCGCCGCCUGGUGUAGCACCGCCUGCUCGUACCUGCUUACUGUUGAUGACAUCACAUCCUGUCAUGUGUGAAUCAGAGCAGCAGCUGCCUCACGCUGGUGUUGGUGAACUAUGAACCCUGAAGAGAUUCAGCGAGCGAGUCUUCAGGUUCUUUCGUGUGAUUGGCUGUGAUGGAAGCUCCUUAUGACAAACCUGACGUGGUGUUUGUGUGUGAGAAACAUUUCAAUCUUAUUUUAAGAUUCUCUUCAUGUUCUGGCAACAAAGCAACACAUUAAUUUUCUUUAAAACAAAAAGUCUGACCAAAGGACAAAAUGAAAACGAUCAAAACUAAAUAUCGAAACAGGACACGAGCAGAGCUCAGCAGCAGUGCAUUCUGGGAGUUGGCUCUGAAUAUUCUUUUUGUUGUUGUUGUUGUUCAGCCAUCUGUUCUUUUCAACCAAAUUUAAAUGAAUAAAAUCGGCAGGCAGGGCAAUUAAAUUAUUUUAUUUAUUUUUGUGUAAAAAUGCCAAAUAUUUGUUGUGACAGUAAAAUCUGCUGUUUUUUAUUUUUAUCCAGUUCUUGAUGUUUUAUGUUAAACAGAUCGUAGAAGCAGCUGUUGCUGAUAUUUAUUUUAGAUAUUGGUGAGAAAUAAAACAGAGCUGAGUUUGUUCUGAUGUCACGUUGACUGUUCGUUGGCCUGAGGUAAUUUAUUUUUCUACUCAAGGAGAUUAAAGAUGUUUAUGUGCGAGGAGGAGCUGCUGUUUCUGCUGUGGCGCAUUCGGCUCCAUGCAGAUGCUUUUAUUUUGUUAAAGAAAUGGUUGACGACAGCGUGAUGCCUCAUCUGUGUAUUACUGUCACAGCUUCUCGUACUGAAAAUGAAAUAAAAAUACUCCUAAUGUGGUUCUCUGA